AUGAUAAGUGUGAUUUCCAUUCGUAACACAUUUAUUCACAUAUUUCAUUCCUAUUGUUUGUUACUUUUUGUAAAAAUGAAAAAGUUUCCAAUUAAAAUUGAUCUUUCAAUAUUUUUUGAGGAUGAAAGAAAAUUUGUCAUAAUUUUGGUGGACCCACAAUGGAAUAGUGUGGAAUGUGUACAACAUAGGGUCGAAGAAAUUUUUGGUGUAAAGCCGGUGCGUUUCUUAACAACGGAUAAUCUCUUUAUCCCUCAACAGGAAUCCAUAGAAAUUUUAGAAUUUACAGAAUCAAUUAAAGCCUUCAUACCAAAACAUGUUCUUGAAGAAUCUCGCCGGCGAUCUAAACAAUAUCAAGAAGAAAAAACUAAAAUCCAAGAGCUCAACUUAAAUACAGAGGCUUUGCCCAUUGAAGAAGCCCCAAACAAAAAAAGGAAGUAUUAUUCAUUGGGGACAGAUCAUUUAGGUAGUUCUACACCGAAUCAGAACAAAAAACUAAAACGAACAGAAGUUCUAGUUCAUCCUACCUCAAAUGAAUCCCAUGAGAUUACAAGUACGAAUGAUCAAGCUAUUUUUGUCAAAGGCUGCUCGCUGGAUAAUAAUAGCAGUGUAGGAAAUCUCACUAUUUCUGAUAAAACGGAAAACGAAAGUGAACCUACCGAAAAUAAACCGAGUAGGAAACGUAAAAGAAGAGUACAAAAAGAGAAAUCUCAACGGAAUAAAAAUACCGAUCAAGAAAAAAACAAAACAGAUUCAAUAACGGUGCAGUCAGAAAUACCUUCAUCAACCUUUCUUUGUAAUUCGAAAUCGCUUGAAAAUAAUUCACAUGUUUACUUUGAAGAUUCGACCAUCGUAGAGUCAACAAUUGUUAAACAUAAAACAAAAGCCAAUACUAAGGCUGCUUUAGAAGAAACGCUAUCACCAAAUGUAAUUUUCAAAUGUAAGCUGGAUGAAGUUGAAUUUGGGGUGCCCUUGAUUUACCCUUUACGAAAAAUUAAUAAAAUGCUUAAUACUCGCAAGCCAGUCAUAAAUAUCCAAGAAAAUAUAAUUAUACGACCAGCAGAUAUGGAUAUCUCAACUAAACACCCACCCACGGAGGGUAUAGAAAAUGAAAUCGUGAAAGAAGGUGUGGACAAUAUUGAAAAUAGUGUUGUGAACAGUCCUAAUCCCGCAGCAGUUUUUGCUAUUAUUGAAAAAGGUAAAAGUGACAUCAUCAACACAAAGAUACUAGAAGAUAGAAAAUCUGAAAUUGAAGUUGAAAAUGAUUCACAAUUAGAAAAUUCAAUAGACAAAAAUAAUUUGGCCAGUACAGUCAAUGAUGUAAAUGAGAACCACACUGAGAAAGAUAACAUUGAAGGCAAUGAAAAUCAAUCAAAAAUGCCGCACACAACCGACGAAUACAUCUUAAGUGAGGAAGAAGCGGUAAAUCCAAUAAUCGAGAAUAUAAAACAAAAUACCCCUUUAGAAAAAAGCCGUAAUAUUUCAAAUAUAUCUGAAAUGGAUGUAAGCUCUGUUAUAGACUUAGAUGAUGAUGAAGACGUAAUUGAUUUAAGUGAUGCCGAAGACCAACAACAAUUGAGAGCGAAUCCCAACACUACGUCUUCGAAUUCCUUGAACAAAAGCAUCCAUUCGAUGACCAUAAAAGAAAUGCUUCCGUUUUGUACACAACUAGUCGGCUUACCUGAUUUGGAGGAUAUUGUUGUAUUUAAGUUUAAUCGUCGAGCUGUUGGUGAGAAAACUGAUCUGUCAGAAUUCAUAGCCUGUAGAUGUGAACAUAUUAAUAAGCGUACUAAAGUUUUAAAGUUGGCUAUAAUCGAUGCAUCUCUGGAGAAUAAUAUACUUCCUCAAAAAUAUUGCUACAACUUGGAUGAAUCAUUUGAAAAUACAUUUAUGAAUAUAAAGCUCGCUGAUAUGAUUGAGCCUAAGGUCUUAAAAGCUUAGCAAAUAAAUUAUGUGUUUUUUGUUUUUUAUGUCAUAUUUAAA